CUUUUUUGUUGCCAGAGUUACAAAACUUGAGAGAAAAAAAAGGAAAAAAAGAAAAAGACUAACGGACAAUUGAAGGACAAACAACAGGGAUUCCUUGUUGUUUUUCUCUCUCUCUUGUCCUGUUGGUCUUGGGAGAGAAGAGCAUAUCCAAAAAGGAUUUUUGCUUUUGCAUUUGCUUUUGCUUUUGUAGGGUUUUAGGUUUUCUUUUUAUUGGUUAUGUUUUUUAAAUAGUUUGCGUGUGAGAGAGAAUGUGGAUAGCAAGAUCCCAGACAGAGAAAAGGGAAGGAACUGGAAAUGGAUUAGUGGCUGUGGCAAUAGACAAGGAUAAAAACAGCCAAAAUGCCCUGAAAUGGGCAAUCGACCACAUUCUGCAGAGAGGCACAAGCGUCAUUCUAAUCCAUGUUAAAAUCAAGUCUUCUUCUAUGAGGGGGAACCAAAUUGCUGAUCCGAAUGGAGAUUGUAUUUUGGUGUGCAAAAACCCAGAUCCUCAGACCAAGGAUUUGUUUCUUCCAUUUCGUUGCUUUUGCACACGUAAAGAUAUUCAAUGCAAAGACGUGGUGCUCGAAGACACGGACGUAGCAAAAGCUAUAAUUGAAUACACCACUCACACGGCAAUUGAGACUUUAGUUCUUGGCGCCUCCAACAAAACAGGCUUUCUUAGAUUCAAGAUCACAGACGUUCCAGGCACUGUGUUAAAGGGAGCGCCUGAUUUUACAACUGUGUAUGUAAUUUCCAAAGGGAAGAUUCAAUCCACACGACCUGCAUCCCGUCCUGCACCAGCUAUCUCCCCAUUGCACAACCAAUUAAGCAUUAAACCAGCUCCUCCACCUGAGCCUAUUGUUCCUCAGCCUCCAAUUAAUAAUAACAUCAACAACAAUAAAAGAGUUGUUGAAAAGCCCCCUUUGGAGCAACCGCGAAGAUCCCACGACGAAUCAGAUACUUUCAGGUCCCCCUUCACCAGGAGAGGUGUCAAUGGCAAAUCAUAUGGGGAACUUUCCGUGCCAGAUACUGACAUUUCCUUUGUCAGCUCUGGUAGACCGAGCGUUGACCGUAUGUUUCCGGCCUUCUAUGAUGCUCUAGAUAUAGGCCGUACCAGCCGCCUCUCAAAUGUUUCAGACGUGGACUGCGGCAACAGCUUUGAGUCAAUGCCGUAUGGGAGGAGAUCCAUAGACAUUGCCUCUGGCUCUCCACCGGACUUUAUGUCAUCAAUGUCUUAUGAAAGUACUGAUAGGCUCUCCUCCGCAUCGCAGGGAAUGGAAGAUGUUGAAGCUGAAAUGAGAAGGCUGAAGCUUGAGCUUAAGCAAACGAUGGAAAUGUACAGUACAGCCUGCAAAGAAGCUCUCACAGCAAAACAAAAGGCAAGAGAGCUUCAGAUUUGGAAAAUGGAAGAAGAGCGCAGAUUGGAAGAGGCACGGCUAGCUGAGGAAGCUGCAUUGGCAAUUGCAGAAAGGGAGAAAGCCAAGUCCAGAGCGGCCAUUGAGGCUGCUGAGGCAUCACAGAGGAUUGCAGAAAUUGAGGCACAGAAAAGAGUGAGUGCAGAAAUGAAAGCACUCAAAGAAGCAGAAGAGAAGAGAAAGGCGCUUGAUGCUCUCGCAAACUCAGAUAUCAGAUAUAGGAAGUAUACCAUAGAGGAGAUUGAAGCUGCAACGGAAUUCUUUGCAGAAUCUCGCAAGAUUGGGGAGGGGGGUUAUGGACCUGUAUACAAGUGUUAUUUAGACCAUACUCCUGUGGCGAUUAAGGUUUUACGUCCAGAUGCAGCCCAAGGAAGGUCACAGUUUCAGCAAGAGGUUGAGGUGCUUAGUUGCAUAAGACAUCCUAACAUGGUACUUCUUCUAGGAGCCUGUCCAGAAUAUGGUUGCUUGGUUUAUGAGUACAUGGGCAAUGGGAGCUUAGAAGACCGUCUUUUCCGACGAGGAAAUACUCCGGUUCUUUCCUGGCAGCUCAGGUUCAGAAUUGCAGCUGAAAUAGGAACAGGGCUGCUUUUCCUUCACCAAAGCAAACCAGAGCCACUGGUGCACCGCGAUUUAAAGCCUGCCAACAUCUUGCUUGAUAGAAAUUAUGUGAGUAAGAUCAGUGAUGUCGGGUUGGCCCGGCUAGUACCACCAUCCGUUGCAGACAACGUGACACAAUAUCGCAUGACGUCCACAGCAGGGACAUUCUGCUAUAUAGAUCCGGAGUAUCAGCAAACAGGGAUGCUAGGGAUCAAGUCAGAUAUCUACUCCCUCGGGAUAAUGUUUCUACAAAUAUUAACAGCAAAACCACCGAUGGGGUUGACCCAUCAUGUGGAACGUUCCCUUGAAAAAGAUGCAUUUGCACAGAUGUUGGAUCCAGCAGUACCUGAUUGGCCUAUAGAAGAAGCCAAGAACUUUGCAAAAUUGGCACUCAAGUGCGCAGAAUUAAGGCGCAAAGACAGACCGGAUCUUGGCAAAGUUGUCUUGCCAGAACUAAACAGGCUGAGAGCACUUGCUGAAGAAACCAUGCAUUUGGCGAUGCCCACUGCCAGUCCUGGUCACUCUCCCAGCCCCAGUCAAGUUUCUGUACAGCUAAGUGACGCCAUUUUAUCUGAGAUUAGUUCGAGAUGCCCUUCAAACGCUGUAGAAUCAUGAGGCUGUAAAAGUAUAUGACAAGGCUUUCAACUUCCAACAUGUACAAAGGGAAUCUCUGAAAUCCCAACGGAAAUGGUUUUGUUUUAUUUUGUUUUUCUCCUUUUUGGUCUUUUAACAUUUAUUGCCAAAUUCUUGUUGCCUUCACUCAAAGAGCUUAAGAAGUUUGUACGUAAUAUUGACGCAAAAGUUUCUUUCAUUUAUAGUUAUAGGUAGCGGCGAGACUCUGAGAUCGAUAUGAUACAUUAGAAAUUUGUAAAUGUUAUUGGGUGUUAUAUCCAAUUUUCAAGUUUAUUUCAAAUUCUUUUGAUUUUA